GUCAACAUGGAGGGGAUGGGAGAAGCUUCCACGAAUUCAAUUCUGAAAGAUGAAUGCUACUGGGAUUUCCUGACAGAGGACUUUGAUGUUAAGACAUACACUGCUCAGGCCAUUCACCAUGCCAUUAUCGCUGAGCAGCUGGCCAAACUUGCACAGGGGAUCAGUCAACUGGACAAGGAGCUGCAUAGCCAGGUGGUGGCUAGACAUGAAGACCUACUAGCUCAAGCAACAGGAAUAGAGUCUCUUGAGGGGGUCCUUCAGAUGAUGCAGACAAGGAUCAGCGCUCUGCAAGGAGCUGUGGACAGGAUAAGGACAAAGAUUGUUGAUCCAUAUAAUAAGAUCGUGGCCAGGACUACCCAGCUUGCCAGAUUGCAGGUGGCUUGUGAUUUACUGCGGAGGAUCAUUCGAAUACUGUACCUCAGCAAAAGGCUCCAGGGCCAGCUCCAGGGGGGCAGCAGGGAAAUCACCAAGGCUGCCCAAAGCCUCAAUGAACUGGACUACCUGUCCCAGGGUGUGGACCUGAGCGGCAUCGAGGUGAUCGAAAACGACUUGCUGCUUAUCAGCCGAGCCCGGCUGGAGGUGGAGAACCAGGCCAAAAGGCUGCUGGAGCAGGGCAUGGAGAUCCAGAAUCCCACUCAGGUUGGUACGGCCCUGCAGGUCUUCUAUAACCUUGGCAACCUGAGAGAAACCAUCAGUGCUGUUGUAGGGAGUUACCGGUCCACCGUACAGGACAAUGUAACCAGUGCCCUGGACAUCAGGGGCCUGACACAGCCCACCAACACCAAAGGUGCCCCAGGCAGGGCGGUGCUGCCCACCCCGGGGAACACUGCUGCGUUCCGUGCUGCCCUUUGGACCAACCUUGAGAAGUUGAUGGACCAGAUAUGUGCCGCAUGUAGACAGGUGCAGCAUCUCCAGAAGGUCCUGACGAAGAAGAGAGACCCUGUCACUCACGUCUGUUUCAUUGAUGAGAUCAUCAAGGAUGGUCAGCCCGAUAUCCUUUACACGUUUUGGAGUGAUGUCACCAACACGCUGUCUGUAGAAUUUCACAAAGCUACAGCAGCCUCCUCCUUCCUGAAGCAAGCGAUUGAAGGGGAGUAUCCGAAGCUGUUGCGUCUUUACAAUGACCUGUGGCGCCGCCUGCAGCAGUACAGCGCCAGCCUGCAGGGGACGCUAGUUGGCGGCGGUGGGAUGGACUCCCAUCUUGAUGUCUCCACUGCAGAGACAGAAAGCCAGGACCUCUUCACGCAUUCCAAACAGGACUACAAUCCAGAGAAGGCCCUGAAGGACUCUCUCCAGCCGUACGAGGCGGCCUACCUCUCAAAGUCCCUGUCCCGCCUGUUCGACCCCAUCAACCUGGUGUUUCCCAUGGGAGGCCGCAACCCUCCCUCCAACGACGAGCUAGACAGCAUCAUCAAGACCAUCAGCAGUGAGCUGAAUGUGGCAUCAGUAGACCCCAACCUUACCCUAGCCGUGGCAAAGAAUGCUGCCAAGACCGUCCAACUCUUCUGUGUCAAGUCUGAACAGCUGCUGUGCACUCAAGGUGAUGCCAGCCAGGUGAUUGGUCCAUUGACUGAGGGCCAGAGGAGGAACGUGGCUGUGGUCAACUCCCUGUACCGUCUGCAACAGAAUGUCUCCAAGGUCAUCUCAGGUUUGGGGUCUUGCCCACCAGCAGCCGAACAGGCCCUUUCUUCUUCACUGGAGGGCGUCCACACUCUGAUGAGCAGCGCUGUACAGCUGCUUCUGCAGUCGGUUAACGACUCCAUAGAAGCCAUCAUCAUCACCUUACACCAGGAGGACUUCUCUGGGCCCCUGUCUAGCCCCGACAAACCGGAUGUGCCGUGUUCCCUCUACAUGAAGGAGCUCCAGGGCUUCAUUGCCAGAGUGAUGGCCGACUACUUCCGUCACUUCCAGUGUGUGGACUUCAUCUAUGAGAACACCGAGUCCAUCGCACGGAGGGCCAUCGAGCUCUUCCUACGGCACACCUGCCUCCUGCGCCCGUUGGGAGAGGGAGGCAAGAUGAGGCUAGCUGCCGACUUUGCACAGAUGGAGAUGGCAGUAGCUCCUCUAUGCAGAAGGGUGUCUGACUUGGGGAAGCCUUACCGGAUGCUGCGCUCCUUCAGGCCCCUGCUGUUUCAGAACAGCGAGCUGAUCGUCAGCAGUUCAGCUGUGGGAGACCUGAUUCCUUACAGCACACUGCUGCACUUCCUCCUCACCAGAGCGCCACCCGAGCUAAAGUCACCUCACCAGGCACAUUAAAACCUCUGUCUCACCUUACAGAGAGCAGAGUGGUCCAUCGCCCGGUACUCCCAGUGGCUGGACGACCAUCCCUCCGAGAAAGACAGGCUCACCCUAAUCAGGGGAGCGCUGGAGGCCUAUGUUCAGUCAGUGAGGGCUCGACAAGGGAAAGAGUUUGCGCCCAUCUAUCCCAUCAUGCUCCAGCUGCUGCAGAAAGCCACCAGUGGUCCCCAGGAGCCCAGAGCCUGAAAACAGGAAGAAUCCCACGGCGCCUCACAAAGGGAAACACUCGGCAGCAAAAUGUUGAGGUGUGACGCGUUUGUCCUGCCGCGGCCCAGCGGGGGCCAUUAAAUGACAUUCCCCCGUUUUAGUGGCUGAAUGUCUAGAUUUUUUUUUUUUGUGGGCUUAUUUUUGUGCUUAGAUGAUCUUAUUACAAGAAGGUGUCUGGGAGAGGGCAUAAUCUGAAAUAAUUAACUGAGUAGUGAGUUUGGAAUAAAGAUUGCAGUCUUUUUCCUGAUCUUCCAUCUUAUUUUUUAUUACUUUGCAUUGGGGUUCUUUUCCAUUGCAGACUUCAAAGAUUAUAGCACAACAGGAAUCAGUAGAAUCAUGUAUUGCAGUUUGAUUUUUUUUUUUAUUGAGUUUUAGUACUCAUUAAAAGCAUAACUAUUUGCUCAUCCAUCCAUUUGUGGUCUGAGUACUUUAAGAAGCUAAUCAGAAAUCUCAGAGUUGGCUGUUUAUUUAAAAUGGAAUUCAGAUUUGAAAAGCAGUCGGUAACCCUAUAAUUUACAAGCAUUAAUUACAUAGUAAUUGAAGUACUUGCGUAGUAAUGUGAAGAAAUUACAUGUCUUACCCUGUAUGUGGGCUAUACCACUCACUGUAACAAUUAAUUCCCAUAUAUUUACCCACGAAAUGUCUUUAUUCUGCUUAAUUUUACAAUAUAAUUACCCAAUACUUCCCAGUAAUUCUACUACUACAACUUGUCAUUAUAUUGAUUUAUUUCUUCACAUUACUUCGUAAUUAACGGCCUGUAAAUUAUGGAGUUACCACCCAGUCUUUCAUAAUUCUACAAUCUGGAGCCAGUGAGGUCUUUUAAAUGAGUAUUAUAAGACAGUUCGAUGGUAACUUUUAUAUUUAUUUAUUUUAUCACUGAUUACUUAUUGGACCAACAGAAUCGGGUUACUCCUAGUUAUUUAGAUCCUGCAGAAUUAGUUCCCAGCUACAUUUAAUUUUGGUUGUGAAUACUACACAACUACUUUAAAUAUACAGCUUAACUAAAAUAUAUCAAAUGUAUACAAAUAUAUUAAAUACAUAAUUUCUAAUGUGUUUGCAAUAAAAAAAUCUUGUGUUGAAACUGUUCCAACUUACCUUGCUGAAUUCCUGAAAGCAAUUUAAGCUAUAAAAAUAAAUUGAAUA